AUGGCUGUUACUAGUUUGAAUAUGUCUCCAAUUUUCAGCGGAUACCCUUUUCAAGGUCAGGGUCGUGUGAACCAACUAGGUGGAGUAUUCAUCAACGGACGUCCUUUACCAAACCAUAUUCGUUUGCGUAUUGUGGAAAUGGCUGCAUCAGGAGUACGACCUUGUGUGAUUUCACGUCAACUGCGGGUAUCGCACGGCUGUGUUUCGAAGAUCCUAAAUCGAUACCAAGAAACCGGUUCUAUCCGGCCGGGCGUGAUCGGGGGUUCGAAACCACGUGUGUCAACGCCAGAAAUUGAAAUUCGCAUCGAGGAGCUACGUAAGGCGAAUCCCGGUAUAUUUAGCUGGGAGAUUCGCGACAAGUUGAUCAAAGAUGGUCUAUGUGACAAAACCUCUGCGCCAUCCGUUAGCUCAAUUAGCCGUCUACUGCGUGGAAGUCGCAGGGACGACGUCGAUUUGCGUGGAAAUCAUUCGAUCAACGGCAUUCUUGGAGGAUCCUCGUGUGAUGAGGAUAGCGACACUGAGUCUGAGCCCGGAAUAACGCUAAAGCGCAAACAACGCCGAUCGAGAACGACGUUCAACGGAGAACAACUGGAAGCGCUGGAAGUUGCAUUCAGCCGUACGCAGUACCCUGACGUCUACACACGUGAGGAACUCGCUCAGAAGACCAAAUUGACCGAGGCACGUGUACAAGUAUGGUUUUCCAAUCGCCGAGCCCGUCUUCGUAAACAUAUGAGCUCCCAGCAAAUGGUUACUUUCGGUAGUUCGCAAUAUCCUUCACAACUCGAGCACCAAGCGGCUUCAGUUGCUGCCGUAGCAGCAUCCUCCGCCUCAGGAGUGGGAUCGCCUAUGGGAACUGGUAGCUGGGCUCAGUGCUACUCGUCGGCAAAUCAGCCAGCUUCGAUCCACAUCGCUUCACAGUCCUCUUACAAUCCACUGGCUCAAACUAUGAUUCAUCCUACGUCGGCCACCAUGAGCCCCCCUGCAUCCAUGAGUCCUCCGAGUUCGAUAAGUCCACCGGUGUCGCAUGCCGGAGCACAGUCCGCAUCUGCCUCACCUGUUCCACAAAUAGCCUCAGGUGCAACGCACUCAUCCGGAUACAACUAUUUCCCUGUUUUGGACAACACCAUCCACCAUGCACAGCAUGCCCAAUCCCAUCAUGCCCAUGCUCCUCAUUACCAUAACGGGCAAAUCGGAGCAACUCAAUCAUAUGUAUCGUCCUAUCCUACUAGCAACACAAGCAUCGAACCUACAAACUCACAGUGGCAACGCUCUGGCAGCGUCUCGCAUAACAAAUCAGCCAGUGAGUGGGACCCUUAUAGCUCGUUUUUCUCCCACAACAUGAAUCAUCAUCAUGCGCACUAUCAAUCCGCCACGGCAGUUUCAGUUGUCGCGGCCGAGGCAAAAUCUGGCUAUCCCUACUUUGGACAACUGGGGGGAUUAGAGAUGAGUCGGUUGCAUUGCUAG